AUGGCUAAGAUUGCCUUGGGAAAUACUCGAGAGGCCUUUCAAUCGGACUGCAUCCAGGCCCUUAUUGUGGAAUUCAUUUGCACGUUUCUUUUCGUGUUCGCGGGGGUUGGCGCUGCCAUGGCUACCGAUAAGCUGAAUGGGGAUCCGUUGGUGGGACUAUUUUUUGUGGCUAUGGCACAUGCGUUGGUGGUGGCGGUGAUGAUUUCAGCCGGAUUCCGCAUUUCUGGUGGCCACUUAAACCCUGCUGUCACCCUCGGCCUAUUAGCCGGAGGCCAUAUUACCGUCGUCAGAUCAAUCCUCUACUGGAUUGAUCAGUUAUUGGCUUCUACAGCAGCUUGUGCGCUGCUCAAGUACCUCACUGGUGGAUUGACUAUACCAGUACAUACACUUGCAACUGGGGUGGAUUUCAUCCAAGGGGUAAUAAUGGAAAUUGUAUUGACAUUUUCAUUGUUAUUCACUGUUUAUACAACAAUUGUGGACCCCAAGAAGGGGUUCCUUGAAGGGAUGGGCCCACUUCUUACUGGGCUUGUUGUUGGGGCCAACGUCAUGGCUGGUGGGCCAUUCUCAGGGGCUUCAAUGAACCCUGCAAGAUCAUUCGGGCCUGCUUUGGUCAGUGGUGAUUGGACUGAUCACUGGGUAUACUGGGUUGGACCGCUCAUUGGAGGUGGGCUUGCUGGAUAUAUCUAUGAGAACUUCUUCAUUGUCAGAUCUCAUGUUCCACUGUCCGGAGAGGAGGUUUUUUAA